GUACAACCAGGUCGAGCUAGCCAGGCCGGGUCUCGGAUGUGAGAGUUCCCUCCGUGACGAAACCAGGCUCAUUGGGCCGGAGGCUGAAGCACUACUCCGCUCUAGGACCCGUCCGGCCUGGUUCAGGCCUGUUCUCUGGCCUCCCCAGGCCCUGUUCUGAUCGGUCUGAAUGUAGCUCCAUUUCAGCUUGUCCAUUCUUGGAGGAGCCUCAGGUUGGCCUGGCGAAGUCCCCGCUGGCGAGCGGGAGAACGCGAUCUCAUUUCCUCGCCGUCCUCUUCUCUCCCCCCCCCCCCGUCUGGAUUGAGUAUAUUCCGGACAGAAGAUCACACCUGCAAAACCUUCCUUGUACUGAUAAAAUCUGAUCUUCUACUGGAAAAGCUUGAUUAUCCUCCCAUGAAUGAACAUUUCUGCUACUAGUAUGUAGUGUUCUGAAAAGUAUUGAGUACCGAGUACGGAUUAUUACAGGGGAUUGACAUGCAGCCAACACUGCAAGCAUUUAAUAAAGGUGAAGACUAGUUUGGGGAUGUGAACACAAUGAGUGUAAACCAGCAAACUCAUACAGGGCCACCUUAUGGGCAGCCGCAGCCUGGAUAUGCAGGAUACCUGCAGCCUGGUUAUGGAGGGCAACAAAUCCCAAAUGUUCCUGCCUCUCAGUAUGGUGCUUAUAAUGGUCCAGUGACAGGAUAUCAGCAGACCGGCCCUCCACAAGGUUACUUUCCUCCAUUGGGGUUUCCUCCUAAGGGCUCUCCUGUUUCUCUUGAUUCUGAUGCUUCUUUUACCCCUAACUUCAUAGGUUCUCUAAGAGCUCCCACCACUUCUGGAGCACCUGCUUCAACAUCUGGAACAUUAGUUCCUCCUGGACAACAGGCCUAUAGUCAGUUUGGACAAGGAGAUGUACGCAAUGGGAUUCCUGCAUCUACAGUUCCAUUGCAAAGACCUUCUGCUUCUCAACAGUUCAUUCCUGGCCCUGCACCCACUCCUAUUACCCAGCCAGCUACUUUCCAGCAAUAUGGGCCACCUCCAACGAGCACACAGCAGCUGACCAAUCAUAUGGCAGGAAUGCAGAUAGGCAGUGUUUCAGCCUCUGUUCCUGCCCCAGCUGGACUGGGCUAUGGUCCCCCAACAUCAGUUCCACCUGCCUCAGGAAGUUUUUCUGCGACUGGAUCUGGGCAAUAUGUGCCCUAUUCAAGCCAAGGACCACCACCACCUAAUGUGCCCCAUGGAUUGCCUCCUACCACCUUGUCUCAGGGUCUUCCUGUGGCACAACCUGCUAUUUCUGGUCCUCCAUCAGCCCUGCACUUUCCCCAUCAAGCUCCUAGGUUUGCCCCACCACCUACAUCCGCUGGAGUUGGAGCUUCCAAUUUCCCUCCUGCUACAGGAGUUUCAAGGCCUCCCCCAAUGCAGGGUACACCAUUACCUGGACAAGCAGCUACUGGGCCACUUACUUCCCAACCAAACCAUGUGACCUCACCACCGCCUCAGCCAGCUCUAGCAGGGCCACCUGCUGCACCACCAAUGACAGGCUUGCAGGGACCACCUCCCAGCCAUCCUUCCCAACCAGGAUAUGCACUGCAGCAGAAUGGGUCCUUUGGGCAGAGUAGAGGUGUGCAGCCAAACUAUGGGCCAGCUUACCCUGGGCCAGCAAAUUAUGGGAGUCAGCAAGGACCACCACCACCUCCAAAACGUCUAGAUCCAGACUCCAUUCCCAGCCCACAACUCAAUGAGCUGCCACCUCAGCAGAAACCCAGACACAGAAUAGAUCCAGAUGCAAUUCCUAGCCCAAUCCAGGUAAUUGAAGAUGACAGGAAUAAUCGUGGGUCAGAGCCAUUUGUCACAGGAGUCCAUGGGCAAGUCCCACCCCUUGUCACUACCAAUUUCUUGGUCAAAGAUCAAGGCAACGCAAGUCCCCGCUACAUAAGGUGUACAUCCUAUAAUAUACCCUGCACUUCAGAUAUGGCUAAACAGUCACAAGUUCCUCUUGCUGCAGUUAUAAAGCCAUUGGCUGCACUUCCUACAGAAGAGGCUCCUCCUUAUUUGGUAGAGCAUGGAGAAUCGGGUCCUAUCCGGUGCAAUAGGUGUAAGGCCUACAUGUGCCCUUUUAUGCAAUUCAUUGAAGGUGGAAGAAGAUUUCAGUGCUGCUUCUGUAGUUGUGUCACCGAGGUGCCAUCUCACUACUUCCAGCACUUGGAUCACACGGGCAGGCGAGUGGACUACUAUGAUAGACCUGAGUUGUCAUUGGGGUCCUAUGAGUUCUUGGCAACAGUUGACUACUGCAAGAAUAACAAGUAUCCCAACCCCCCUGCCUAUAUUUUCAUGAUUGAUGUAUCGUACAAUGCGAUAAGAAGUGGCUUGGUAAGGCUGAUCUGUGAAGAGUUGAAGACUCUCCUGGACUACUUGCCCAGAGAAGGAAGCAUGGAAGAAUCAGCCAUCCGUGUGGGUUUUGUCACCUAUAACAAAGUUCUGCACUUCUAUAAUGUGAAGAGCUCCCUGGCACAGCCACAAAUGAUGGUUGUGUCAGAUGUAGUGGAUAUGUUUGUACCUCUGCUCGAUGGUUUCCUGGUGAACGUUAAUGAAUCCCGCACAGUUUUCACUAGCUUGCUGGACCAAAUCCCAGAUAUGUUUGCAGAUACAAGAGAAACAGAAACUGUAUUUGCUCCAGUAAUUCAGGCCGGCAUGGAGGCUCUGAAGGCAGCAGAGUGUGCUGGCAAGCUCUUCAUAUUUCAUACAUCACUGCCUAUUGCGGAGGCUCCAGGGAAGCUGAAGAAUAGAGAUGACAAGAAACUGAUAAAUACUGAUAAAGAAAAGACUCUGUUUCAGCCUCAGACAGGCUUCUAUAACAACUUAGCCAAGGAAUGUGUAACACAAGGCUGCUGUGUGGAUCUUUUCCUUUUUCCAAAUCAGUAUUUGGAUGUGGCUACCUUGGGAGUUGUUCCUUGUCAAACAGGUGGCUCCCUUUAUAAAUACACAUAUUUCCAGGUGGAAACAGAUCAGGAACGCUUCUUGAAUGACUUGCGUAGAGAUGUUCAGAAAGAAGUGGGCUUUGAUGCUGUUAUGAGGGUCCGCACAAGCACUGGCAUUCGAGCAACAGACUUCUUUGGAGCUUUCUACAUGAGCAACACAACAGAUGUGGAAUUAGCAGGCCUAGACUGUGACAAAACAAUCACAGUGGAAUUCAAACAUGAUGAUAAGCUGAGUGAAGAUAGUGGAGCCCUCCUUCAGUGUGCUGUGUUGUAUACAAGUUGUGUGGGACAGAGGCGACUGCGUAUUCACAAUCUCUCCUUGAACUGCUGCACACAGCUGGCUGAUCUUUACAGGAACUGUGAGACGGACACACUUAUCAACUACUUGGCCAAAUUUGCAUAUCGUGGAGUUCAAAACAAUCCAGUCAAGGCAGUGAGAGAUACACUGAUCAAUCAGUGUGCCCAGAUCCUGGCAUGCUACCGGAAAAACUGCGCUAGCCCCUCUUCUGCUGGACAGCUGAUUCUUCCUGAAUGUAUGAAACUACUCCCUGUGUAUCUGAACUGUGUUUUGAAAAGUGAUAUGCUCCAGCCUGGGUCAGAAGUCACCACUGAUGACCGUUCCUACAUCCGCCAGCUAGUCACUUCUAUGGAUGUGGCAGAAACAAAUGUUUUCUUUUACCCCAGACUCUUGCCUCUGACCAAAAUAGAUCACAACAGUGACUCCUUACCACCAGCAAUCAGAAACUCUGAAGAACGGCUCUCCAAGGGUGACAUAUACCUGCUAGAAAAUGGGCUGAAUAUCUUUUUGUGGAUAGGAGUAAAUGUUCAGCAAGGGUUGAUCCAAAACCUCUUUGGCGUGGCAUCUUUCAGCCAGAUCAGCAGCUCUAUGUGCACACUACCAAUUUUGGACAACCCCUUCUCGAAGAGAGUACGAUCCAUCAUUGAUAUGUUCCGAUCUCAAAGAUCACGCUAUAUGAAGCUCCUGAUUGUCAAGCAGGAAGACAAACUAGAUUUGCUGUUCAAACACUUUUUGGUGGAAGAUAAGAGCAUGAAUGGGGGUGCUUCAUAUGUGGACUUCCUCUGUCACAUGCACAAGGAGAUUCGCCAGUUGCUGAGCUAGAGCUGGAGAUGUGCUGGAUUCCAGCACUGACACUUCGAUGUUCACUAACCGCCUGAUGAAUGGGCCCAGCUCCCUCAAGAAGGACAAUGCAGAAACCUGUACAAUUCCAUAAUUUUAAUACACUCUGCAUAAACAGUUACAGUAUCUCCCAAACCCUUUGAAGAAGUGAGACAUGGACAGACAAAAAAAAAAAUCUGCUGGGGGAUGCUAUUUGAUUCCUGACAACCCCAGUUCUAACAAAUGUCAUUUUAAUUUCACUAUACUUGAUUCAGCAUCAAGUAAAAAAGUUACUGCUCUUCAAAACUACACAGUGGCUGCUAUAUUUGUGAAUGUGAUACUCUGUAUGAAAAGGAGCCAGGUAAGGGGAAAAUGGAUGGCAGGCCCUACUCAAACUGUAGGAGUUUAAUAAAGCAGUCAAGCUACUUUUUUUUUACAUAUCCACCUUAUAUGUGGAGAGAGCAAUGUGCUAUAAGCACAUUAUAAAGUGGCAUCUUCUAGAAAACAUCUGAACUGUUUAGCCCAAGGUAGCAGAGUAGACAUGCCUUCAUUGUAGUUGUGUUGCUGUGCGGAUCUGCCUUGGAAUAAGUGAGUGAUAAUGAGCAGAUGCUGUUUUGGGGAAAGUGAAAUCUAUUUUGGGUUUGCAUGAACAGGUGUUGCCACCAUCCAUUUGGGAAAAGCAACAUCCUUCUUUUUGCCAGUGUCCUCUUGCUUUGCUGGUCUGUUGCCACUUUCUAUUCACAUGGUAGGUUUUGUUUGGAAUAUCCUUUUCAAAGAAAAUGGUCAUGCUUUCCCCUUUUCACUUUGGAAAGCAAUGUUUAUAAGUGGCACAGGAAUGUGCUUGGAGGUAGAUGGAUUUAAGACUGAAUAUAAAUCAUGUGUUUAUUCCAUCUGCCACUAAAAUUGAAGGACCUUGUGUACAUGACAGAUUAAAUAAUCCAGGAGUGUGGGUUCUAGUCCCACGAACAAUAGUGCGUGUAUGCGUGUGUGUUUGUACAUGUUUUUCCUUCUGUCGCAGCUAGUUUGUCUUCCCUUUCAUCGCACAGCAAAGGGGAGUGUCCCAAGAACUGUAACUGACCGCAUCUCAAGGAGUUUCUCAGCAGUCUUACAUACAUUUGCAAGUGUGGCCGAUACCCCUCCUUUUCCUGCCAAACAUACGUGCUGUCUCCAACCAAAAUUUAGAAAUGUGUUAAACCAGUUAAGAGAUUUGCUCCCCAAACCCAGACAACAACCAGACUUCCAGAAUACUAAUUUUUAGAAUUAAUAUAAAAGAAAAUACAAGAUCAUAAACCUUUCUUCACUUUUUUCAAUGCAUCUUUUAAUUUGUAAAGAAAUAAAAUUAUAUGAAGAUGUAUUUUAUGUCAUUGUUAGUAAAUAAAUACUGAUUAUUUUU